AUGGAAUACCUUCAGGAGUCAGAAAACGACAAAUGCGCCCUUACAAAAAUAGAGUUCCCGCCGCGAGGUGCUCGGCCUCGUUUCGAGCACUCGCCUCUGGAUCUUAAGACGCCUUCCAUCCGACUAGUGCGUAUCCUCCCAGACCUGUCCUUCUAUGGGCACAUUCAGUUGGAGAUUCGUCAUGCCACAACAGAGGAAACUUACGUCUGUCUCUCAUACGUGUGGGGCGAAGAACACACCCUUCGUUGGAUCAGAUUAGGCGGACGACUCUUUCAGGUCCGUCAAAACUUGCAUGCCUUUUUUUGGUCGGCAAUAAAAAAGCCGCACAUUCGCAGUGAAUGGCUCUGGAUUGAUGCGCUUUGUAUCGACCAGUCGAACAACUCUGAGAGGUCACACCAAGUACAGCAGAUGGGGCACAUAUUCAGUCACGCAGCCAAAGUCAUCUCCUGGCUUGGUGACGACAAAUUGAUCGCACAGUUCCUCCGCGAAAGCACAAACCCCCUUAGAUUGGACGCGUCGGCUCCCAUGCGCAUUCGCUCGGGUACGUUGGCUUUUUUUGAAAGCGACUAUUGGGCCCGCGCUUGGAUUACCCAAGAAGUCGGUUUGGCGCGCCUGAUUAUCUUCAUGGCAGGCGAAGAGGAAAUCGACCGCUGGCAGCCGCCAGAGGAGAAGGAAGACGACACUAUAUCGCAUCAAACAGUUGAACCGGUGUACUUCGAGAGUUCCUCGCAUCGGUGGAGGGGCAGGAGUCUCCUCUACCUUCUACAAAUCUUCUCCAGAAAGAAAUGCCGGAAUCCCAGUGAUAUAGUCUAUUCCUUACUGGGCUUGUGUGGCGAGGGUUCAGACCUUCAGGUCGACUAU